GCUCCCGGGAGCCUGGAGAAGUGGACAACCUGUUCAAUAUAUUGGGAAGACAAGAGCGGAACAUCGUGCUCGAACCCAUACUCACCAGGUCUUCAGAGCAGAACAUUACCGACAUGACGUUGAACGACUUCAAAUCGGCAGUGCCGCAGAUUGGCUGGCGAGAUUUGCUCGGAGCUGAGCUAUCUCCCAUACUUAAAUUGACGGAUGAAACCAUGGUAUCGGUGAUCAAUCUUGAGUAUUUCAACCGUCUCGCCUUACUCGUCUCUCGUUACUCACUUCAAACCAUGGCCAACUAUCUUGUAGUUGUAACAGUGAAACAUUUGGAAACCUUUGCUUUGCUUUUGAUGAACAACGACAGAU